CCAACACCUGCAGACUAUCAAUUGACUUCAAGCAUUAAAGAAAUUCAAACAACAAUGUUGUGCACGGGAGGAAGAUCUACCAUAUUUAUAUUGACAUCUUUUUUAGCGAUCACCGUUAACAUUUCGCAUGUUUGGUCAGGAAGUAUCGGCUCCACAAUGCCGCUUCGUCUAUCUGAAAUCGUUAAGAGUCUUCUGAAUAAUAUUGAGAAAGAUGGCCAUUGGAAUGAAAACAUUGCUUCGGGAUUGCUGUUUGCGGAGUUCUUAGUGAAACAAAAAAUGCAACAACAAAAGACUACUGUUUUGGAUACAGGCCUUGGCAGUUUAUACCUGGAUAUUCUUGAAAAAAUUAGUUCCAUACGGUCGGGAGUUAUUCAGAGUUUUGGCGUUCACAAUUUGCAGUCAUUAUUUCAAGAUAAUCUAAUGAUAACAAGUUUCGAAAUGAGAACGAAUCAAAUCGAUAAAAACAUAGAAUUCAAAUCGAUGGUACGGAACUACUCAUCAACGCCUGGAACAGGCUUUCCAAGUAAUACAUUCACAGGUAUUUGUUUGCUGCACAUGCAAGGUUUGGAAUUAUGCGAUAAGCUGCGCCGCAACUGCCUUCCCGAAAUCAAAAUUAGCCCACCGACAUAUGGUUACCGGCGCACAUAUCAAGCUCUGCUUUUAUAUUUUCUAAUGCAUCAUACCUGUGCGCGUUUUUAUGGGAACCGUCUGUCCUUUGAAAUAAUCGCCACUGAACACUGUUCGCAGGUAUAUCGUGAACAUCAAAUAAUCGCUGCCCUCGGUCCCAGACGUUGGUAUGAACUAUAUGUGGAACAGAGUUCUAUUUGUGGACUUUUUGGUUUCGAAGAGUUUCUAGACUACACUGAAUUGACGCGGAUUAUAGAUUUGGAAAGUACUUCGGCAUGCAACUGCAUAAAAUCGCUUUAUGUAGCCGAGCCUACACCGGAUCUUUGCCGUUGUACAGAUCGAAAGCACAGCAAUUUGUUGAUUCUCUUUACUAACGCCAUGCUUUUCCUAAUUUAAGACAUAAUUUUAAUAUUAGCAGCUUAGCAGUUUAGCUAAAACAAUUGUUUGCACUCGUAUAUAUGUAUGUAGAUACGAGUAUGUAUAUAAGAAAAUAUGUAAAACUCUAGUCUUCCUCUUGAACAAACAAUAAAUGCUGGAAAUAUGA